CCCUUUAAUUAUUCAUAGAGAAUCCAAUUCCUUUGGAAGCACUGUCGACGGAAAUGCACGAAAGCAAACCGCUACCAUACUCCUCUCUACAGCCUCCUACUGUCGGGAAAAUUAGGGAUUCCGUCUCUCUCUCUCUCUCUCUCUCUCUCUCUCUCUCUCGGAGGGUUCCAAUCUCAAAUGGCACCUGACCCAAACUUCGCUGAUGGACCCCAAAAUGACUCCUCCUCCUCCUCUCUUCUCUCCAUCCGAUACGAACCCGGUUCGCUUCAGUUACUCGAUCAGAGAAAACUUCCUCUUGAAACUACCUACAUGGAUAUUCGAGAUUCAACAGAUGGAUGGUGUGCAAUAAGGGAUAUGGUUGUCCGUGGGGCACCUGCAAUUGCUGUAGCUGGCGCCCUCUCUCUGGCAGUGGAAGUGUUUAACUUGGAAACUUUUAACGGGACAUCUGAAGAUGCAGCAUCCUUUGUCACAAAUAAAUUAGAAUAUCUUGUCUCAAGCCGGCCAACUGCUGUAAAUCUUUCAGAUGCUGCAACAAAACUUAAAGAAGUCGUAUCAAAGGCAGCUGCCACUUCUUCACAAGCAAUGGCUGUUUUUCAGGCUUACAUUGAAGCCGCUGAGCUAAUGCUUAAGGAUGAUGUUGCUUCAAAUAAAGCAAUUGGGUCUUUUGGAGCUAGUUUUCUUCAGCAACAGCUGGGAGACUCUAAGAAGUUUUCUAUUCUGACCCAUUGCAACACUGGCAGUCUUGCUACAGCUGGAUAUGGGACUGCUCUAGGAGUCAUCCGUGCACUUCAUGCCAAUGGAGUUUUAGAGAGGGCAUAUUGCACAGAAACACGUCCAUUCAAUCAAGGAUCCAGACUGACAGCUUUUGAGUUGGUGCAUGAUAAUAUCCCCGCUACUCUUAUAACAGAUUCGGCUGCUGCUGCACUAAUGAAAGCUGGACGCGUGAGCGCCAUCAUUGUUGGAGCAGAUCGUGUGGCUGCAAAUGGUGAUACUGCUAACAAGAUUGGAACAUACAGCCUUGCAACGUGUGCAAUCCAUCACAGUAUUCCAUUUUAUGUUGCUGCUCCCUUGACAUCCGUUGAUUUAUCCCUUUCUUCCGGGCAAGAAAUUGUUAUAGAAGAGAGGUCUGCGAAGGAAUUGCUGAACUCUCGUGGAGGACUUGGGGAACAAGUUGCUGCUUCUGGAAUCUGUGUCUGGAACCCUGCAUUCGACGUUACCCCUGCUUAUAUGAUAAGUGGUAUCAUUACAGAAAAGGGUGUCAUCACAAAGAAUGGGAGUGACACGUUUGACAUAAAGGGCUUUGUACAAAGGGCAACUUGUAACCCAUAAGAGGAAGAGGCAUCAAGCUUUGGAAGUGGUCUACAGACUUUGGCUUGUAAUAAUAAUGUAAUUUUCUCAAUUUGGUAGACACAGAGAGGGUUAUUCCCUUUUCAUUUAGAAGGCAGUUCUUGGAUAUGAGUUAUAGGAAUUAGUCAUUUGCUAUGAUAUUUCACCGGUAAGCUAUGGCCUGGAGCUCAUUUAUACUAUAUAUUAAAUAAAAAGAGGUUUUUAAUCCCAAA